AUUCGCGUCCAUUUUACACCGCUCCCUCUGAUGUGGCCCACAUAUGGAUUGGAUUGGAUCUUGAAAGUCACGGUGAAAAUGUGGCGGCGAACCUGAUGGACGUGGUUGAUCUGAGCUCACACAUGUGGUGCUGGUUUAGUUGUAGGCAUGCCCGUUGAUUUCGACUCUCUCUCUCUCUCUCUCUCUCUCUCUCCAGGAUCCCUUUCUUCAAAUCAAAGCAGGAUUAUUGUAACACUACUGGAUUUUCAACUUAUAUUGGCCAAAAGAAAAAAAGAAGAAAAGAGAACCAUAGAAUUGCAGCUGAGUGGAAUCCAAAUGACUAAAAUCAGAAGAAACAUGGUGGUUUUGGAAAUGGGUUGCAAUUUUUUUUUUUGCUUCUCAGAUAGUUUCUGAAAUUUCUGUUAUUCUAUGACGGAGUUUCGGAAAAGAAUAUAAAAGAAAAUUGCAAUUUAUUUUAUUCCAAAAGACAGAGAAAUUGCAGCUGUGGACGAAAAUCAGAGAAAACAGGACAUUUUGGAAAUGGGAUAGGGCUCUUUUACUCUUUGGAUGCUCGGUUUCUGAAAUCCCUGUUAACUGCACCAAGAGUUAUGAUAAAAAGAUACAAAUUUGCUACUUUUUAUGGGAAAAAGAUACCAUCUUUCUAUAAAAACCACUGCUUAUUGGUUCGGUCGUUGGUGAGUAGUAAUUUAGAUGGAGAUGGAUCAGAUUCCGGCAAUGAAUGGGAGAAGAUACUCAGACCCUUUGAUCUUGAAGAGCUUAGAAAAUCGCUUAAUCGGAUUACGCCCCAACAGCUGUGUAGUUUACUUGAACUCCCUCUCGAUGUAUCAACCUCGAUGGAGAUUUUUGAUUGGGCUGGUUCCCAAAAGGGCUAUUCCCACUCGUUCGAUGUUUAUUACAUUCUCAUCAAUAGGCUAGGUGGGGCCGGGGAGUUUAAGGCUAUAGAUGGAUUAUUGGGUCAGAUGAAAGAAGAAGGAAUUGUCUUCAAAGAGCCUUUGUUUAUCUUGAUCAUGAAGUGGUACGGGAGAGCUGGUUUGCCGGGUUGUGCAGCUCGGCUGCUCGAUGAAAUGAUGGAUGGUUUCAACUGCGAACCGACGUUCAGGUCAUAUAAUGUUGUUUUGGAUAUCUUGGUUUCAGAGAACUGUCACAAGAUAGCCCCAACCGUGUUUUUCAGGAUGUUGAAUAAGGGCAUUUCUCCGACUGUUUUCACUUUCUCCAUCGUCAUGAAGGCCUUUUGUUCCCUGAAGGAGGUGGAUUCUGCAUGUUCGCUCUUGAGGGAGAUGACAAAGCACAGGUGCGUGCCCAAUUCGGUUAUUUAUCAGACUCUGAUACAUGCUCUUUGCAAGGAUGGUAGAGUGAAGGAGGCAUUGAAGCUUUUGGAAGAGAUGAUUCUGAUGGGUUGCUCACCUGAUGCUGAUACAUUUAAUGAUGUCGUUCAUGGUCUAUGCAAGCUCGGUCGGAUAUACGACGCGUCAAAGUUGGUCGAUCGAAUGCUUCUCCGUGGUUGUACGCCUAAUGCUGUGACUUACGGGGUUUUGAUGCAUGGGCUUUGUAAAAAUGGUCGAGAAGAUGAAGCGAGAGCACUUUUAGAUAAAGUGCCCAAUCCGAAUGUGGUCUUGUUUAAUACGCUGGUCAAUGGGUAUUUGACAAAAGGAAGGUUCAAUGAUGCUAGAUCUGUUUUGUACGAGAGCAUGGUGCCUAGUGGCUGCAAUCCUGAUGUUUUCACGUACAACAUAAUAAUCCAUGGCCUCUGCAAGGCAGGCCGCUUGGGACCAGCCAGGGAAUUACUGGAUGAGAUGUCAAUGAAGGGUUGCUCACCAAAUAUCAUCACUUACACGCUCUUGGUUGAUGGGUUCUGUAAGGAAGGUCGAUCGAUGGAGGCUAAUGAAAUUUUGGAGGAAAUAUCGGCAAGGGGUUUCCAAUUAAACGUAGUGGGAUACAAUUGUCUCAUAUCUGCUCUAUGCAAGGAUUGUAAGCUUGACGAUGCCAUGGAAGUGUUUGGUAAGAUGAAAAAUGAAGGUUGCAAGCCCGAUAUAUUCACAUUCAAUUCUCUAAUCCAUGGCCUUUGCAAGGAUGAUCGACUAGAGGAAGCAGUCAAGGUUUAUCAGGACUUGUUAUUGGAGGGUGUGGUUGCUAACAAUGUGACUUACAAUACGUUGAUUCACGCCUUUCUGAGGAAGGGGGCAUUGCAAGAGGCUAUGAAACUUGUGAACGAAAUGGUAUUUCGAGGUUGUGCCCUUGAUCUCAUCACUUACAAUGGAUUAAUAAAGGCUCUAUGCAAAGAUGGAUCUGUGGAGAAAGCUUUGGGCCUGCUCGAGGAGAUGGUAAGGAAGGGUAUCGCUCCCAAUAACAUUUCUUACAACAUCUUGAUUAACGGUCUCUGCAGAAUGGGUAAAAUACACUCAGCGCUUGAACUUCUGAAAGAGAUGCUACAUCGAGGAUUGAUGCCGGACAUAGUCACGUAUAAUAGCCUCAUAAAUGGCCUAUGCAAGGCAGGGCGGAUUCAGGAGGCUCUGAACCUCUUCGACAGGCUCCACGCUGAGGGAGUUGUUCCAGAUACCAUCACUUAUAACACACUCAUUAGUUGGCAUUGCAAGGCAGGCAUGCUUGAUGAUGCCAUCUUGCUUCUAAAUAGAGGAGUCAAUGAUGGAAUCACACCCAAUGCUCUAACAUGGAAUACACUGGUCAGCAAUUUUGUUAGAAGACCAAUAUCAUAUUAUUAGAGCAAUCGAGAAAAGUAAAACCCACCACCAAUCUUUCGCUUUAUAAAAAUUUGUAAUUUGAUAAUCAUGGCCUAAUGUGGGUGAGAGAUUUAUGAAAUGAUACACAAUUAUUUGUCCCUCCUCUGUCUUUAUGUAAUAUUACUCUUUGCAAGGUAAUUGAAAACUUUGUUAUUCCAGUCAA